CACAGCCAGGCGGGCGCUGGGUCUGACACGACCGACCCGCACUCUCAGCGCAGGGAGAACGGGGGUCCCAUAACUGCACCCCGUUUUGGCUGCAAGAGACAAAUCCCCACACGUCUGAUUUCAAUAUGCAAAGACUGGGGGGUGCUUCAAAACCACACGCAGUUAGAAGUGUGCAGCCUGCUCCCAUCUAAAUGCAGAUGGCUUUAAGAAUAAUUAUAAAUUGAUCAAUCUCCAUGUGAACCAGUAGCAGAAAGGAGCCCGUACGUGCAGGGAAGACAGCAGAGCAGAGCAGCCAGUCCUGAGGACACCGAGCAAACUGCCUUUCAGCUCUCACAUUUAUAAAUAAUUUACUCCUAUCCACCUGUGCCCAGAAUAACAAUUUGCUGCCUGAAAUCUCCAAGCCGGUGCCGGGAGCUGCCGGGGACUCGCUUUCCCGGGACCCUCUGGACCUGUUGGGAAGGGGCCCGGGUCUCCAGAGGGAUCUGCCCCUAGUGGGAAGAGGCACCGAGAAACAAACACAGGAGCAUCCGUUCAGCUGAUCGCAUUAGUCUUCCCGCUGCUGCCGCCGCCGCUUCAAGAUCUGCCUAUGCAGCCAUCCGUGCAUUUAGACAAAUAUAUAGAGAGAGACGGAGUGUAUGGGCAGGUCUGGAAACGUCUGUAGCUGCGGAAGGCUGCAGAGCGGCAGACGUAAAGGAGCGGCUGUUUCCCGACCAGCGGGAGCGUUAUGAAACACGAGUGUAGCAGCUGUGGCUGAGGAUUUUGGCAGCGCAGCGCUGAGGCUGCUGCGAUCCCGCCUGUUGGCGCAGGAGGCCAUGGAGGGUUUCUCCGUCGCCAGCCCCUGCAGGGCGCAGGACCCCGGCCCCCCGGCCCGCUGAGCCGCAGGCACCCCGUCGAGGGACCGCGGCGGCCAGCAGGGAGCUGUGCGGGGCGGUGCAGGCGCGGGGUUAGUCGCUGGCACCAACAUCUGGAGGGAGCAAGUGCCGCGCAGAGCACGGGGGGUGCUCGGGAGGAUUAGGGCUCUGCGCGCCGGAGCGGGAGGCAGAGGAGGAUUAGCGGGGAAGGGCAGAGGGAGCAGGAUUUAUCAGCUUUUCAGAUAUGCGUUACAGCUUUUUAUAAUAUUUCACUGGAUUGUCUAGGACUUUGCCUGGCUACAACAGCAGUUCCUCGACCAUAAAAGAAAGGUUUCAGCAUCGGCUGUUGGGCGGCUUGGCCGAGCAGGACGAUGGCAUCGCCCCGGGUGCGUGCGGAGCCCCGGGGCCAGCUGGGCGCCUGAGGACAGUGGCUGUGCCCCCCCAGGCUGCUCCCUCUGCUGUGGCCGUCCGAGGAGAAGGCUUGUCGUCAGGAGAAGGCACCGAAGUGAUGGGCUGAACUUAUGGGAGGAACCAGCGCCCGGCCAGGCGCAGAUUCAGGGGCCCGUCGGGAGGCGUGAAGGGCCCAGUUUCAGUAAGGGCAUGGCCAAAGCUUUCUUCAGGCUACAGAAGUUUCUCCGUCGGACCCAGUUUCUGCUCUUCUUCCUCACAGCAGCUUACCUGAUGGCUGGCAGCCUCCUGCUGCUACAGCGGACCCGCUUGGUUAUCCAGCAAGGUUCGCGUGGGACCUCUGCUAAUCAGGCCCUGCCGGUGCCGGAGGGGAUGGCUGGGGUCGGUAUCGCAGACCCCCGGACGCUGCAAAACCCCCGCCCCAGUCCCAGGCUGCUGGUGGGCAUGGACGCCAUGCAGGAGCCAGCCCUGGACCAGCGGCACGGCCCGCGGUGGCUUGUGUCCCGCAACUCGGAGCUCAGGCAGCUGAGAAGAAGGUGGUUUCACAGGUUCAUCAGCGACCAGGAGCCCAUGCAAACAGCGGGAUUUAAAGCGAUGAAGCACACUGCUGAGCACCAAGGCACCUACGUGGGAUGCUUCAGCGAUGAUUCAAGGGAGAGGACGCUGAAGGGAGCUGUGUUUUAUGACUUAAGAAAGAUGACAGUAUCUCACUGUCAGGAAGCUUGUGCUGAGAGGGCUUACACCUACGCGGGCCUGGCGUACGGAGCAGAGUGCUACUGCGGGAACACGCUCCCGGCGACCACCUCGAAGCCCGAGGAGUGCAACAGCGAGUGCAAGGGGGAAAAGGGCUCCGUCUGCGGCGGGGUGAACCGUCUCUCCGUCUACAGGGUGGAGGAGCUGCGGGCAGGAGCGAGACGACGGAGGAAUGUUAUCUAUCGAGGAUGUUUUAGAGCUCCAGAAAAUUUAACAGACACCUUUCCAGCCUCUUUGAUACAGCCCAAUUUGACGGUGGAGAUGUGCUCUGAAUUUUGCUCCAAGAAAGAGUUUCCCUUGGCAGUCAUCCGAGGGCGGGAGUGCUACUGCGGCUUCCCCACCGGGCGCUUCUCGCUGCACGACGGCGCAGACGGGCAGCUCUGCAGCAGGACGCACAACGCCAGCAGCGCCGCCCAGGGAAAAUACUGCCUGGUCUAUCAGACUCCGGUGCAAGACACCCGCUGUACGGACAGGAAAUUCUUAACCACCAAAUCCAAAGUGUUCGUUGCUUUGUCCAGCUUUCCUGGGGCUGGGAAUACAUGGGCUCGCCACCUGAUAGAGCACGCCACGGGAUACUACACGGGAAGCUAUUACUUCGAUGGAGCCCUCUACAACAAAGGUUUUAAAGGAGAAAAAGACCACUGGAGAAGUAGAAGGACCAUCUGUGUGAAAACACAUGAAAGCGGCAAGACAGAGAUUGAAAUGUUCGACUCGGCAAUCCUGUUGAUAAGGAACCCGUUCAAGUCCCUGAUGGCGGAGUUCAACAGGAAAUACGCCGGGCACCUGGGCUACGCCACUGACCGCAACUGGAAGAGCAAAGAGUGGCCGGAUUUCGUGAACAGCUAUGCCUCCUGGUGGGCCUCCCACGUCCUGGACUGGCUGAGGUAUGGGAAGCACCUGCUCGUCGUCCACUACGAGGACCUAAAGCAGAACCUCAUCCCCAAGCUGAGGGAAAUGGUGGAGUUUCUGAAUAUGACAGUGACAGAGGAUCGACUGCUCUGUGUCGAGAACAACAGGGAUGGGAAUUUCAAGCGGUCUGGUGCUAAGCAAAAGGAUUUUGAGCCAUUCACCCAGGAAAUGAAAGAUCUUAUCAACAGAUACAUCCUGACAGUGGACGAAGCCCUGAGGGCAAGAAACUUCACAGGGCUGCCCAGAGAGUAUGUGCCAAGAUGAUAGCCUGGUAGCACUCUGCUGUGUUUAAAAAUAAAAUAAUUUUUUCUUAAAAAAAAAAAAAAAAGAAAAAAGACCAGAGCUUUAUAGCAGCUAAGGCAAAGAUACUUGUGGAGUCUGCUGAGCAAUGCAAAUUCUCUCCACUCUUGGAUGUUCUUCAGGGCACUAAGUGCUCCAGAAGGCAAGCAACAAAGGAUGGAAAUUGGGUUAUAAACCAAGGCAAAAAGCUAUUAGCGUCUACCUGUGCGUGCCCCUCCCUGCACAAACAGCUCAGAACUUCCCAGCAGAGCAUCCCCGCUUCUGCAGCGCCUUCUUGCCCGCGCUGCUGUCACAGACCUGCCAGGGGCUGCUUGGGCUUUCACAGCAACUGCACUGGACAUACAUAAAGGGGGCUGGUGCGGGGGGUGAAGUCUUAAUACUGAUAAACAAUUUUCAUCUAAGCAUUUAAGAAAAUCAGUUGCUUUCUUCUUCGUAUAGCACACUAGCUUCCUUCUCCCAGGUUUGCUAGGCAGGUCACCUGCCACAGCAGCGUCAGAGGUUUUCUUGGGGCUGAAAAGCCCUGGUGGGCAAAGGUACCCCGGGUGCUGGGCAGAGAGAUGCUUCAGGACCAACCCCAGGCUUCCCUGCAGGAACAGCAUGGCCCAGGGCCGCGUGAGCUCCACAGCGCAGUGGGUGGCUGCAGCAUCUCCCCAUGGUGAGGUGCACAGCUGGGGAUCCAUAGGAGAAAACAGAAAUUCAGCAUGGUCAGGGAUGGAAAUCCCUGGGUGUCACCAGUCCCAAGACCUGGCCCGAGAGCCAUGGAGGAGGCCCCAGAGGGGUGGGAGAGGAGGAGCUGCCGCCCCCGCCAGGACCUCGGCAAGAGUUUCUGUGCCUCCAUCCCUGCGCCUGUAGAGUCACAGUAGGGCUGGGGAGACACCGGGGCCAAAUGUCACCGUGCUUGGUGCUGGAAGCGGUCACAGCCAGGGAGCACUGACACGAGCCCCGAGCACCUGGGGAGCAGAAGGGAUGAGCCCCAGCCCUGGCAGGAUCCUGCCUUCCCUCCACCCGUGGAGGGAGGCUGAGGCAGUCCAACCUCAAAAACGUUAAGCUACUUAUUGCUGCUCUCUGGAGCCACCCCCGGCAGCGACGGUGCUUUAUUUCUAACUCACUGCAGUUCCCUGCGGUUUGUUUCAUCCUGCGCUGGGCCAUGUGUGUGGUGCGGAGGGAGUGCCCUGCUGCGAGAUGCUUUUGUUCACGUGAAAUAAAGGAUUCCUUAAAAACUUGAGUGAAAAUACUACUUUUAAUAAAACAAAGUUUAUCCAACCCAAGCCAUUCCAUGAGUCUAUGAUAUAAAGGGAGCUGGACUUCCUCUGCAUGUGUAUUAUUGACACUUUAAAAGAAAACAGAGGACAUGGAGCACACUUUGGCCCAAGUCUUUCCCUGCUUGUGCUCCACACGUGGCUUGUCUUUGUGCUACGGUCCUCCCGGCUGGUGAGGGGCUCUCCUGGCCCCAUCGCUGCUCCCCAGUUCCUCCCCGGCACCAAAGCCCCAGGGAAGUGGUGCGGGAUUGCGGUUGACGGAGCUGGGUCACAAGGAAAGCCAAAAAUCUCCUUUUGUUUACGCAAGCGGCACAGCUUGAAGAAAAGCAACUGAGUUGGGAUGCUGCAAGUCCACAUAAAGGCAAGUGGGAAGAAUUUUAAAAAAGGGCUUUCUUUCAAUAGCAAAAAAUGGUCAUAUUUCUAAAACAAUACACGCACUGGCCUUCAAAUCAGCAAAUCCUGACCUGCUUAUCCUUCCUUCUCUUCAUGGGGUUCUCUCUAAGUAGAGGAUAUCCCAAAGUAACAUAACAUUUUAGACCCUCACAGAUUGCAAGCUGCCAGGUGAACCUCUCCAUGUGCCCGGACGGGUGAAGCAACAGUCAGAGGAUCGAGAGGACAGAAGAUUCUGAAGCAACAGACUGUUACAUCCAAUACAGAUUUUGGACCAAGUUUUACUGGGACUCCUCCGCUUCAUGCCAGGUCAGGGAAUAACACUAGAAAUAAAUCUACUAAAAAUCAGCCAAAUUAAGUUGUAUUUGGGACUGUCACGCAGUAGAAGCCUAUUAGCGAAUGUUAGGUUUUAUUGAAUUAUUUCUCCCCCUGCAUCCAUUUUAAUGAAAUAUAGGGGCGGAUGAAGAAAACUGCUAAAAAAAACCCAAGCAAUUUCCCCUGCAGGGAAGGUUUCCUACACUCAACAAGCUCUAAGCUUCAUGGUUAUCACACUGAGCUUUAAUUAACCAGGAUGUUUUAGUCAAAAAAAAAAUAAGCUAUCGUGCCAUUAAAAGCCAUGUUGAUGUUCAUUCCACGUAUAUUUCCCUUCUUAUUUUGUAUUCGAUAGUAGCAUAUUAGACAUGGAAACAUGCAUGCAAUUCCCUCAAGCUUUCAGUUUUCUUCAGGAAGUUAAGGCUAUGAUGAGU